AUGCUUGACCAAAUUGAUGGUGAAUAUGAAGAAAGUGAAAAAUUAAAGAAAGCCAUUACAUUAGAAAAUAAUAAAAUUAUAAUUUCUCAUCUAGCAAAUUCAGAAGAAUGUCAUACUAUUUCACUUGUGCUCGUGAAGGUUUUUAAUGAUUUAUUUGAAAUUUAUAAAUUAUAUCACAGUGAUUUGUCCAAAAAUACUGUUCAUAAAUUAAUUCAAUAUGAAGGUUACAAGUUUUAUUUAAUUGAAAUUCAUAUAGCAAACUCGAUACAGAAAAAAAUAUCUGAGUUUGAAUGUGGAAUUGGAAUUUGUGUACGAGGGACAAAUAUUCUAAUUAAUCGAACUGUACAAUAUAAAAAUGUAAGCCCAAUAAUAGAAAUUGUACCUGUUGAGGAAACUAUAGUUGACUGUAUUGUUGAAACCUAUUUGAUUUUACAGUUUAACAAUAGUUUGAUUAAAUUAGAUCUUCAGACUGUAGUGUUAGAUAUUUCAUACCACUUUCACACCUUUUUGGAAAAUAGCAAAAGCAAUAAUUUAAACAAAAAAAUUUUACAAAUUAACAAACACUAUAACCAAAGUGAUAUCGAUCAACUGAGAAGACCAAUACUAACAGAAAAUGUAUUUCAUUCUCAAAUCACGUCAGAAGAAUUAAUUAAAUUAUUUUUAAAUCAUUCGUAUCAUCUUCUAGAUAUAGAUUUGUUUUCAGAAUUUACAAAUAAUGAUUUAAAUGCAUUCUCUGUAUAUUUUUCAACAGGCUAUAAUAAACAUUUACUUACGUUUGAUCCUAAAAACAAGAAAAUUAUAAUAUCAUGUAAUAUUGAUGACAUGUUAAUUUUAAAAUCCCACUUUAUUAAGGGAUGUUUAAAAGCUAUAGCCGCGAACAAAAAGACUGAAGGGGAAAUACAGAGUCUGUCGGAAAAACUGGCAAAUUCUGUGACUGUAAAUGAUGUAUGCUUGUGUUAUAAAAAAGCUAGGGAAUAUUAUGCUGUGAUAUUUUUGUAAGCAUUAAUAAAGAUGGGUAUUUUGCUGCA